CACUACCGGGCUCAGAGCACUGGGCUCCCCUCCCAGGCAGGCACCAUGAGUUUGUCCCUGCAUCCCCGGAGCUUAAUUCUCUGCUUCUACGCUCUUUCACUGCUUUCUCCAACGUGCCUGGCAUAUGUGGCUACCAAAGACAACUGCUGCAUCUUAGAUGAAAGAUUUGGAAGUUACUGCCCAACUAUGUGCGGCAUUGCAGAUUUCCUGUCUUCUUACCAAACCAGUGUAGACAAGGAUCUGCAGUCUUUGGAAGACAUCUUACACCAAGUUGAAAACAGAACAUCAGAAGCCAAAGAACUGAUCAAAUCAAUCCAAAUCAGCUAUACUCCUGAGGAGCCAUCAAAACCAGGUGCCAUACAGCGUGCUACUCAUAAUGCCAAGAAAAUGUUAGAAGAAAUUGUGAAAUAUGAAGCGUUGAUUUUAACCCAUGAAUCCAGUAUUCGGUUUUUGCAGGACAUAUACAAGUCAAAUAGUCAAAAGAUCCUUAACCUGAAACAAAAGGUAACCCAACUUGAAGAAAAGUGUCAGGAACCUUGCAAAGACACAGUGCAAAUUCAUGAUACUACUGGGAAAGAUUGUCAAGACAUUGCAAACAAGGGAGCCAAAGAGAGUGGGCUUUACUUUAUCAAGCCCCUAAAAGCUAAGCAGCAGUUCCUUGUCUACUGUGAAAUUGAACCAUCUGGAAAUGGGUGGACUGUGCUUCAGAAGAGACUUGAUGGCAGUGAGGAUUUCAAGAAAAAUUGGGUUCAAUAUAAAGAAGGGUUUGGACAUCUGUCUCCUACUGGCACCACGGAGUUUUGGCUGGGCAAUGAGAAGAUUCAUUUGAUCAGUGUACAGUCUACAAUUCCAUAUGCAUUAAGAGUGGAAUUAGAGGACUGGAAUGGCAAAACCAGUACUGCAGACUAUGCCAUGUUCAAGGUGGGGCCUGAAAGUGACAAAUACCGCCUGACGUAUGCGUACUUCAUUGGUGGAGAUGCCGGAGAUGCCUUUGAUGGCUAUGAUUUUGGCGAUGAUCCUAGCGACAAGUUUUUCACAUCCCACAAUGGCAUGCAGUUCAGUACCUGGGACAAUGACAAUGAUAAGUUUGAUGGCAACUGUGCUGAACAGGAUGGAUCUGGUUGGUGGAUGAACAAGUGCCAUGCUGGCCACCUCAAUGGAGUUUAUUACCAAGGUGGCACUUACUCAAAAGCAUCUACUCCUAAUGGUUAUGAUAAUGGCAUUAUUUGGGCUACCUGGAAAUCCCGGUGGUAUUCCAUGAAGAAAACCACCAUGAAGAUAAUCCCAUUCAACAGACUUAACAUUGGAGACGGACAGCAGUUUCAGAUGGGGGGAGCCAAAAAGGUUGGAGAUGAGCACAAUGUUGAAAUAGAAUAUGACUAAAUCAUUUUUCACUGAGAAUUAAUUGUAGAAAAUUACUAGCAUGUUGGUUUCUGUUGACUCACGAAGUUUCAGAAACCUUUCUGAAAAAUUUUCUGUUCUUUCUCUUACUGAAUUUAUCAUUUUAAGCCUUCCUUUAAGGCUAUUUUGCCUUAAGUGGAAAUUAAAACUCACUUUGGACUAUAAACCCCAAUUACUGAACUAAGAGUUAUUUAAAAAUUGUUUAUUUGAGGAAAGAAUAUUUUGCAUAAUUUUCUAAACAUAAAGCUAUUGUCAUAUUUUGCAUUUCAAUGGUUGCAUGUGAUUUUGUAUUGAUUUUUUUUGUUCAUUUUUAUUAGUUCUUAAAUAAUUUAGUACAUACUAAUAAAAUAGGAAUAAAUUUUAAAACUUCAAAUCCUAAGUAUUUUUCCAUGUUUAUUGCCCCUUAGUCAUUCAUAUUUAAUUCUUCUUAUUGAAUGGAGAGAUUAUGUAUUUUUUAUAUAUUUUCUGUUUUGGUCAUAGGCUGGAGACGUUUAAAAGACCGUUUCAAACGUGAUUUGCUUUUUUAAAGGACUUUAUCUGAAAAGAGAAAUAGAAUAUUUUUUCCUAUGGGACAAUGGACUUGCAAAGCCUUAUUUCAUUUUAAGAGUAAAAAGAACCCAUGUUGAAAACUCCGCUAACAGUUUCAUGCUGGUAAUAAUUUAUCUACAUGCCAUUUCAAUAAAUGCUUUG